UGGUCGGAGAGAGGAGGGAGAAGGGGGCGAGAGGGGGGUCAGAGCAGAUGAUCCCGUUGACAAUAGAGACAGAUAAUGCCUUUCUCUUUUUUUUGACUGACGCAGCCUGUGUGCUUUUCAGGGUCUCGCUGAGACAGCAAUGAUUUUGUCCAUUCUGCACUCACGUGAUCGGGCCGGUCAGGGUAUAAAACCCGGGCCUCAAUGUGUCCAGGGCAUCCGAACAUCAACAUUGGAUUUUGAGGCUCCACUACAGAAUCACUAAAACACAUUGAUCAAAGAUGACGACUCAGCCAAUGGACACGAUGGGCCAAUGGAAGGUCACCAUGUGGGAGGAGGAGAACUUCCAAGGCAGACGCUGCGAGUUCAUGAUGGAAUGCCCCAACAUCAUGGAGAGAGGCUUCAACAAAAUCCGCUCCAUCAAGGUGGAGUGUGGACCCUGGGUGGGCUACGAGUAUCCAGAAUUCCAGGGACAACAGUUCAUCCUUGAGAAAGGAGAUUAUCCUCGCUGGGAUUCCUGGAGUGGAAACAGCGGCUACAGGACUGAGUACCUUCUCUCCUUCCGCCCCAUCAAAUGUGCCAACCACAGUGACAGCAAGGUGACCCUGUAUGAGAACGAGGACUUUCAAGGCCGCAUGUUUGAGUUGUGUGACGAUUACCCAUCUCUGCAAGCCAUGGGCUGGUGCAACAAGGAGGUGGAUUCCAUCAAAGUGAACUCUGGAGCGUGGGUCGCUUAUCAGUAUCCAGGGUACAGAGGAUAUCAGUACAUCCUGGAGAGAGACAGACACAAUGGAGAGUAUAAGAACUAUAAUGAGUACAGCACCCAGGCUCACACCAACCAGAUCCAGUCUAUCCGUAGGAUCCAGCACUGAGCUGUGAGGGACUCGCUGACAACACACAGAACCACCCACAUCCACAGCUCGUCUGUGUAAUGUAAUCGUCCUGAUCACUAAUAAAAGCAUUCUCCAAAAU